UCCGCCUCCAGUCCUGCUUCCCCCUCGCACUCACCGCCGGCAUUCCGGCAGUUCCUGCUCCGGGCCUUCCAGAGGGUAGCGCCGCGAUGGGCAACCCAGGCACCUCCGCCAACCCCGCCGUGCGCCACCGCCUCUCGCCGCAUCUCUCUCUUCGCUUCCCAUCUGCCCGCGCCGCCUACGCCGCUCAGCGACCUAGCUUCUCGGUCUCUCGCCGCCGCGUUCGCACGGCGCUGGCCACCAACUUCGCCGCCGCCACAGCGACUGUAUCCAACCAUCCGAGGGCGCGGCAGCCUUGCAUCCCACACCCGCCAGUGCCCAGCCCUUCGCCUCGGCAGUGGCCACGCUGGAGAAGAAGCCAUACCAUACCCACCCGACAUGGUCGCAGGUGAGCCUGCACUUAAUCUGAGACUACAAAAUUGGGCUCAAUCACGGGUCGUGUCGUCCCGACGGACGGAGGAGGACCGCCGCUAGAGCUCGCGUUGUCACUCAAACAGUACACCACCGCCACAAGCCCGGGCCGAAUAUGUCUACAGGGCAGCAGGGCUACCGCUGCCGCCGCACUUCACCGGCAAAGAAAGCCCUCCAGAUCUACCCUGCGAUGGAGUCCACGGUGAACCCGAAGGCGUACCCACUGACUGAUGCGCAGCUAACGAUGGGUAUCCUCGAUAUCAUCCAGCACUCCACCAACUACAAGCAGCUCAAGAAGGGAGCGAACGAAGCGACGAAUACCCUGAAUAGGGGGAUAUCAGAGUUUGUUGUGAUGGCGGCGGAUACAGAGCCUCUUGAGAUCCUACUCCACCUCCCCUUGUUAGCUGAGGAUAAGACAAAAUCAUCUCAUACAAGAGUUGAUGAUUGAAGACUACUGAAUUGCUUCUGCAUUCUAAAAAGGAUAAGGUACCCAGCCUUCAUCGAUUUCAUGUGCGCAGGCUGCAUCCAUGUCUGCAUCAGCAGACUCCGUCGCACCUGAAGGUAUGGUAACUUGUGCUUUCAAACAAUUAAUAAGUUCGUUGUGUAGCCAACCUAGGCCACCUUAUAGAUUGCCUACCCAGACAGCUACUAGAGAUAUUGGGAGACUUAGCUGAUAGAACUGGUGAUGGUGAUAGCUCCGCUUCCAUCGCUGCUGAUUCUAGGUACAGCCUCUGCCUCUUUGUACCUUGUUGUUGUUGUCUAUUUAUUAAGUAUUCCCUUUGCUAAGAUUUACCACAAAUCCAAAGCUGAUUUAGAAGUGUCUCAGCCUUUCUUACUUUCACUGGAUUUUGUGCAUGUUUUCUUCUUUUGUUUCAUUCAUGUUUUUCUAGCGGUCUGCAACAUGAAUUGUGUGGGAGCUUUGGAUGGUUACAGUUCUUUUUUGGGAGGAAGGACAAAUGUAGCAGGUUUAGUAGGCCUUCUAAUCUGAUAAUAGAAAUAUAGUUAAUAAAUAAAUUUGAGAUAAAUGUGCUUAAAAGGAAGGCUCAGAAGGCGGCGAACCCAGCGAGCGGUGUGGUAAGGCUCACAAGCGCGAGAGCAGGCUACACUGCAGUGGUUGCAAUCCUGCUAUUGUCCUCAUCAUUGUGUUCUUUUCCUGACCAAGUAAAACAUAACAGCAAUUCAUUUUUACCAUGAAGGAAAUUCUUUGCAGGUAACAUUGUAUUUUACUGUAACUUUUUCUUUGAUGUUUCCCUUCUUGAUAGUGUAAAUUGUUCUGUAUCCGAUUAGAAAUAGAGAACAGUGAAUGACUACAAAUUAUAUAGGACAACCAGCCUUACAAAAAUCCUAAAUAAUACCCAUCCGUUCCAAUAACAUAGGAGUCCUAAUUAUUUUACUUUUAGCGUAAGUCAAACUAUCUAGAAAGUUAUACAAAUAUAUACUGCUCCCGUUUUAAAUUAUAAAUCGUUCUACUUGGUGCUAUGCUUAUAAUUUAAAAUAGAAAGUACACAACACUAGAUGACAGAACUAUGAUAAUCUAUGCCAUGGUGGAUUUAAUAAAAACUAUUUUAAUUUUGUAAUUAUCGAUGUAAUUUCUAUAGACUUAGUCAAUGCCCUAUAGACUUAGUUAAUGUUAAUAAGAGAAAGAUAGAAGACUUACAUUUAUAAAAUAAAUGGAGUAUUAGUACAAAUAUAUUGAGUUAUUACAAUAAAUACAGAACAAUUAUACUUAAGACAACAUCAACCUCUCAAUUUAGAGCAAACUAUAUUAUAAUAUGAAGAAUUAUUGUUGCAAUGGGAUGUAUUCUUCCAUUUUGUUUAUUACAUUCAAUUUUUUAAAAAAAUACAUGCUAUCUCCUCAAAAUGCUACCCAUCAGCUUUGUUUGGUCAUCCCAUCAAUUUGCUAGGAACAGUAGCAGCGUAGCUUUACUUUGUCAGCAGCUACCAGUGAGAGAGGUCCUUGUGGGUUGACCAUGGACGUUGAAUCCUUGAUGGAUGGUCGGAUCAGCUAUUUUUGUUCUCAUAAAAUAUUCAUGCAUCAUUAUAAUUUUAAUAUAAAAGUAUAAUCCUACAAACAAUGUAUAAGCUUAGAGACUAGAUCAACAUAUUUGUAAACCUCAAUCCAAACAUCUAGCACAUAUGUAGGGGAGCUAAUACUACCAAAUAGGGAUUAUGAAACUUGUCAAACUCUUUUUCAAGUGUGCAAAAUGCUCGAGCAAGCAACACGAAUCCAUACCAAGUUCAUGGUUCAUAUUUGUGUCAAGUACUAGCCUGGAAUUUAAAUAUAAUUCAUGAGGCAGGCUGAGUCCCGUCAACGGAACGCUAGCUUCACUAAGCAUCGGCAGCCAUGUUCGGCUCCACCAAAUGUAAGCGCUCACUCCUUAAUCCCCUCCUAUUUUCAUUCCUAUAAAAGACAUAGAACUGCAGUCCCUGCGCUCAAUUAUGGUUGGUGAAGAGAAGGGACUUGGAUUGGUUCCAUCUUUAUUUUUCUGUUUCCCUCGCCCUUCAAUUUUUUAUCGGAUGAUGUACAUUUGUGCAGGAGACUAUGGCAGCCAAGGCUAUUAGAAGGCAGUGAAACAUAUUCACUUAGUGAACGGCUUAUCAUAUAAAACAGAGCUCUCGAAGAACACCAGCAGAAUAAUGAACAUACACCACAGGGGGAGCAACUUCAUGGUAUUUUAAUGAAAUACUUACCCAUCUCUAGGAGCGCAGGCCAUGAUUCCAACAUCACUGUGUGCACAUGUGAAGGCCUGCAACCGCUUGCUAGGCCACACCAAUCCUGCUUACUUCUUGAAGAUACAUAUGGUGCCACCUAAAUAAAAGUUGUUUCUUGUUAUGUCUGUCCUUGACAUAUCAAUAGAUUAGUGUUGGGUUGCAUUCAUGGGGUGUUUAAAUCUCUGAGAAGGCAAGAAGUCAUUGUUAUCGACAUUGUGGUCGUUAGGCACAGAAGUACUCAAAAGUGAGAGCUACUUGUUGCCACCAAAUGGAGGGUGAUAUAGGUUGAUAGUUAAAUUCAAUGCUCUAUAGAGAAGGAGCAGAUUUUGUUUAGAAUUAGUUUUUGCGGCACGUCAUUUCAUUUCAUAACUGAUUCUAUGUGUACAAGUUAGAAUGCCAACUGAUCUUAAUUCUCAUUGAAUAAUUUGCUGGCAUCUUUCAAUAUGAAAUCCUUGUCCUAAAUUUUAAAAUGUAUAUGUCAUGGAUAUAUUUCAUCUUCAGAUGCUUAUCAUAUUAUCUUUUAUCAUUUAAAUGUAUAUGUCAUGGGUAUAUUGCUGCAAAUGCAACAUUCAAAGUCAUUUAGACAGGAAUAACUGGUUUCAAGUUGCUUUGUUAUUUUGCAUCCGCUUGUAUGUGGUGGGUUCAAG